AGUGUUACUACUGUGAGCAGGUGCUGAGUGUGGGGUCCCUGAGUCAUCAGGGGAGAGGGGAUAAUGGGGGUCUAGACCCCAGGGCAUACUACUACCACAAGGACAACUGAGGGGACAGAUGUAGAGACGGGCUCCAGGGCUCUUGAGCCACUGUCCAGUUCUCCCCUCGUGAAGGCUGGCUCUUCAGUUGUGAGCAAGUUGCAGAAGCCUGGGAUGUGGGGAGACCUUGAGCCUGCACGGGUGGCUGCUGAGGAAUCAGGAUCUGGGCCCACAGGAAGGAGAACGUCCUGGCUCUUUCGUCUCCCCGUCAGCCUCAACAAGGACAAAUAUUUCCGCUCCCUGUGCAGAGCUGGGGUGGGGCUUGGAUGACUUCCUCAGCUCAGGGCUGUGUGCAGGGGGAGGGGAGGCCAUCAGCCCUGCUGGUGGGAGCCGACCUGACGCAACAGUGGUGCAACAGUGGUGACUGGACUUGGUUAGGAACCAGCGCCCAGCCUCCUGACCCCUGCUGACCCAAGUGCCCUGGAGCUUAUCCCUGGCUGGCCACACCUCUUGGGUGCCCAGAGAGCCACCCCCCUCACUGGGGUUGCAUUUUAGGGAUGCCAGAGGCCAUGACGCCUCUGUCAGAGCUGACACCACCUCACCUGACCUCCCUCUGGAAGGGACAGGACUGUCUCCUCUCAGACAAGCCAGUCUGGGCCCUAAAAACUCCAUGGGGGUGAGGAAUUUCCCUGUUCAGGGGGGUUCCCCAGGCCUGACUAACCAAAUCCUGACCCUGUGUGCCUGUGGGGGGCAGGGGUAGGAGGGACAGGGAGUUUGAACUCUGAACCCAAGACAGGCUGGGGGGCUGGGUGCUGAGACCCUCCACUCAGCUUCUGGCCCCCUUCUGAGGGCUAAAGCUUUUCCCUGGCCCUGUGGGAGAUGGGCGGGGCCUCUCAAGCCAGGCUCCAGUUUCCGUGGAAACCCACAGGCUUCCCACCCACUGCUGCCUGGGCAGGCUCCCAGCUGGGGCCUCAUCCGCUGCCAGCCUCUCCCCAGUCCAGUCUGCUCCACCUCAGCCUCUCUUGUUCUCCUCUCUGUGUCCCCAUCCCCUAGCCCAGCCUCCGGCCUCUUCCACUGGCCUCUGAUGCCUUCUUAAGGAACCUGGGCCUCUCCUGCCCCAUCCCUAAACUUUAGCUUCUCAGCAAACAGGCUUCCCAAGCUCCUGCCCCUCCCUCUCAGGCCUUUCUAGUCUCCACACCAGCUGCCAGGCCUUGCCAGGCCUCCUGCUUCUUCCCACCUACCACCUCCCACAGACCAAGAAACAACAGGCCUCCUAUUCUACCCACUUACCCCCCUGCCCCCCACCCCCAUGGAGACCCCAGGACUGGUUGUGCACGGGGAGGCUGCACCCUUCUCCACAGCACUCCGAAGCCUUCUCAACAAUCCCCAAUACAGUGAUGUGUGCUUUGUGGUCGGUCAAGAGCGGCAGGAGGUGUUUGCCCAUCGGUGCUUGCUGGCCUGUAGAUGUAACUUCUUCCAAAGACUUCUGGGCCCAAAGCUGGGCCCUGGGACGCCCAGCCCUGUGGUACUAAGCUCCGUGCCGGCGGAUGCCUUCCUGGCAGUGCUGGAGUUCCUGUAUGCCAACAGUGUCAGGCUGCACCGCCACUCUGUGCUGGAGGUGCUGACAGCGGCUGUGGAAUAUGGGCUGGAGGAACUACGAGAGCUGUGCCUGGAGUUUGUGGCGAAGGUGCUGGAUGUGGAGCUGGUUUGUGAGGCCUUGCAGGUGGGUGUUGCUGGACCGGCGUGUAGGUGGGCGUCAGCGUGGAGGGCUGCACUACUAACCCGACAACCUUCAUUCUGUUCCCAGGUUGCCGUAACCUUUGGCCUGGGACCGCUGCAGGAGCGCUGCAUAGCCUUCAUAGAGACCCACACCCAGGAGGCGCUCCGGACCCGCGGCUUCUUGGAGCUGUCGGCGCCCGCGUUGCUGCCCCUGCUGCGCAGCGACAAGCUCUGUGUAGACGAAGCUGAGCUCGUUCUGGCUGCCCGGAGCUGGGCGCGCGUGGGCGCGGCCGUGCUGGAGCGGCCUGUGGCCGAGGUGGCGGCCCCGGUGGUUCGGGAGCUGAGACUGGCCUUAUUGGCCCCGGCGGAGCUGAGCGCCCUGGAAGAGCAGAACCAGCGGGAGCCGCUCAUCCCGGUGGAGCAGAUCGUGGAGGCCUGGAAGUGCCACGCUCUGAGAAGAGGGGAUGCGGCCCGGGGCGCCCCGUGCCGCCGCCGGAGGGGAACCCUGCCACGGGAGCAUCAUUGCUUUCUGGACCUGCCCUUUAAAUGACCAAGGCCACGAUUUGCGAGGACUUCUGGGCCUGUCCCAAACUACAGCUCCCGAUAUGCCUGGCUCUCAGAAGGGGCUUCCGUCCCCAGCAUGCCCUGCGAGCCCGGAGCUUGAGGAACCGCGAUCCAUCCCGCGCCGCGCCCUGUGGGUGGGAUUAAGGGGGAG